AUUUGAAUUUUCAAGAACCAGAAACUGUGGCAUGGUGGAACGAAUCACCAAGCAUUAUAAGGAUAUUAUGGAUGGUUGCCAAAUUGUUUCCACUCAGCUUCUGGGAUAAAGGUGCAUUAAUCAUCUUGGUCCUUGCUUUUCACUGAAAGUGCAGUGAAGUCUUCUAAAAAAGCAGUCAAAAUGGUUAUCAUUUACUUGGGCUUUUUCCUUCUCAUGUUUGAAUUUUUCAUGAACCAGAAACUGUGGUUGCAGUGUUCGUUUGCUGUUGGAGCUCCCUGCAAUCAGGACUCGGAAGGAAUGCGACGGAUAGGCUGGCGCUGCUUGCCAUCAAAGCUCACAUAAAGCAAGAUCUCCAUAAUUACAACCUGAUGAGCUCCUGGAACGAAUCCACUCACUUUUGCAUGUGGCAUGGUGUGACGUGCAGUCAACGACAUCGCCAAAGGGUCACCAAGCUGGACCUGCAAUCUCAAAAUCUGGUAGGGAAACUAUCCUCAAACAUUGGAAAUCUAAGUUUUCUAAGGGAGCUGUGGCUGCAAAACAACUUCUUCAGUCAUGAAAUUCCUCCACAAAUUGGGAAUUUGCGUAGAUUGCAAGUAUUACGAUUAGACGCUAACUCGUUUAGUGGCAGUAUUCCACACAAUAUAUCAUAUUGCUUCAACCUUAUCCAUGCGAAUUUCACUCGCAACAAGUUGGUGGGUAAAAUUCCUUCAGAAAUUGGAUUGCUGUCGAAGCUGCAAAUGUUUGUAUUGAAAUUUAAUAAUGUAACGGGACAGGUCCCUCCUUCCUUGGGUAACCUUUCGUCUCUCCAGGGACUAAGUCUUGCUGGUAAUAACUUGAUGGGAAACAUCCCCAGUUCUCUUGGCCAAUUGAAAAAAUUAACCUUCUUGGGAUUGGGGUUAAAUCAGUUGUCUGGUAGCAUCCCUUCCUCCAUUUAUAACCUCUCUUCUCUUGUUACGUUUUCCAUGCCAGCUAACCAAAUUCAAGGGAGUAUUCCAUCAGAUAUUGGCAAAAGUCUUCCUAAUCUCGAAAUCUUCAACGUCGACUCUAACCAACUUACUGGGUCCAUUCCUCCCUCAAUAUUCAAUGUCACAAGUGUUUGGUUCUUUGACGUUGGGAGUAACAACCUAAUCGGACAGGUACCGAGUCUCCAAAAGCUUCAUAACCUCCUUUUUUUCAACAUUCAAUUUAAUAAUAUUGGGAGCGGUAAAGAUGGUGACUUAAGUUUUCUCUCGGACUUGACCAAUGCCACGCAGUUAAAAGAGUUGAUGAUUAACAACAACAGUUUUGGAGGGACAUUGCCCAAGUCAAUAUCCAAUCUCUCAACCAAACUUGAAUUGUUUUGGGUUGGCGAUAACCAAAUAUAUGGAAGUAUCCCAUCUGGGAUAGGGAAUCUGGUGAGCUUGGAAGGGUUGUAUUUGGGGAAUAAUACGUUCACAGGUAACAUCCCCUCUGACAUGGGUAAGCUUUCAAACCUUGGAAAAUUAGAUAUUGUCAUGAACGAAUUUUCAGGAAAUAUUCCUUCUUCCUUAAGAAAUUUAACCAAGUUAUUAUAUCUUGGGUUGGAUAGAAAUCAUCUUGAGGGCAGCAUUCCUUCAAGCCUAGGGGAAUGCCAUGGGUUGCAAUGGUUGAAUCUUUCUUAUAAUCUCCUUAAUGGCACAAUACCCAAACAAGUUUUUAGACUCUCUUCCUUAUCAGUUGCUUUGGUCUUGUCUAAUAACCUCUUCACAGGUUCCCUUCCCUCGGAGGUUGGGAAUUUACAAAGUCUAAGUGAAUUGGACGUUUCUGAUAACAUGUUAUCUGGAGAACUCCCCAGUAGCCUUGGUGGUUGUGAGAGUUUAGAAGUCCUGCAUUUGCAAGGAAACUUCUUCAACGGGUCCAUUCCUUUGUCUAUGAGUUCAGUGAGAGGGAUUCAAGAUCUAGACCUUUCUCGCAAUAAUUUUUCAGGUGAAAUUCCAAAUUUUUUAGAAGGCUUUAGAACCCUGAAUAAUCUGAACUUAUCAUUCAAUCAAUUUUGGGGAGUGGUACCAACUGGAGGUGUUUUCAAAAAAUGCGAGUGCUAUUUCAGUUGUUGGUAACACUAAUCUGUGCAGCCCUGUUGCU